CCGCCGCCGCCUUCGCCCCCUUUCCCCGCCGCCCUCCUCAGGCUCAGCAUGUCGGUGGUGGGCAUUGACGUGGGCUUCCAGAGCUGCUAUGUGGCCGUGGCCCGAGCGGGAGGCAUCGAGACCAUCGCCAACGAGUACAGCGACCGCUGCACCCCGUCAUGUAUCUCCUUUGGACCCAAGAAUCGUUCAAUUGGAGCUGCAGCUAAAAGCCAAGUAAUUUCAAAUGCAAAGAAUACCGUACAAGGUUUUAAAAGAUUUCAUGGCCGUGCAUUUUCGGAUCCCUUUGUUCAAGAUGAAAAAGCAAAGCUUGCGUAUGAACUUGUCCAGCUUCCCUCACACUCAGCUGGCAUCAAGGUUAUGUAUAUGGAAGAAGAACGAAAUUUCACCAUAGAGCAGAUGACAGGAAUGCUGCUCACUAAACUAAAAGAAACUGCAGAGAACGCGCUUAAGAAACCUGUAGUUGACUGUGUUGUAUCUGUUCCUUGUUUCUAUACAGAUGCAGAGCGGAGAUCUGUGAUGGAUGCUACACAAAUUGCUGGACUCAACUGCUUGCGAUUAAUUAAUGAAACUACAGCAGUUGCUCUGGCAUAUGGGAUCUAUAAACAAGAUCUGCCUGCAUUAGAAGAGAAGCCAAGAAACGUGGUGUUUGUUGACAUAGGCCAUUCAGCAUAUCAAGUUUCAGUAUGUGCAUUCAACAAGGGAAAAUUAAAGGUUCUUGCAACAGCAUUUGACACAGUACUUGGUGGCAGGAAAUUUGAUGAAGUAUUAGUAAAUUAUUUUUGUGAAGAAUUUGGGAAAAAAUAUAAACUAGACAUAAAGUCCAAAAUUCGUGCACUGUUGAGAUUAUCUCAGGAAUGUGAGAAACUGAAGAAGUUGAUGAGUGCAAAUGCUUCUGAUCUGCCACUGAACAUAGAAUGCUUCAUGAACGAUAUUGAUGUCUCUGGAACUAUGAACAGGAGCAAAUUCUUAGAGAUGUGUGAUGACCUCUUGGCUAGAGUUGAACCACCACUUCGCAGUGUUUUGGAGCAAGCUAAGUUAAAGAAGGAGGAUAUCUAUGCAGUAGAAAUAGUAGGAGGGUCUACAAGAAUACCUGCUAUAAAAGAGCGUGUCAGUAAAUUUUUUGGUAAAGAGGUCAGUACAACUCUGAAUGCUGAUGAAGCUGUCACCCGAGGUGCUGCCCUGCAGUGUGCUAUUCUAUCCCCAGCUUUUAAAGUGAGAGAGUUUUCUAUCACAGAUUUAGUGCCAUAUCCUAUUUCUUUGAAAUGGAAUUCUCCAGCAGAAGAAGGACUAAGUGAUUGUGAAGUCUUCCCAAAGAAUCAUGCUGCACCAUUUUCCAAGGUCCUGACAUUCUACAGAAAAGAACCUUUCACGUUGGAAGCUUAUUAUAGUUGUCCUAAGGAAUUGCCUUACCCAAAUCCUGCCAUAGCUCAAUUUUUAGUUCAGAAGGUAAUUGCCCAGAAGGAUGGAACCAGUUCAAAAGUUAAAGUUAAAGUCCGAGUAAACAUCCAUGGCAUUUUCAGUGUUUCAAGUGCAUCACUUGUAGAAGUUCAUAAAUCCGAAGAAAGUGAAGAGCCUAUGGAAACAGAUCAGCAUGCAAAAGAGGAAGAGAAGAUGCAAAUAGACCAGGAAGAACAACAGAAGGAGCAACAGAAGACUGAGGAACACCAGCAACAAGCACAAGCUGAAAACAAGACUGAGGCUGAAGAAAUGGAGACAACUCAAACUGGAUCAAAAGAGAAGAAAACAGAUCAACCUCCUCAAGCUAAAAAGGCUAAAGUAAAGACUACGACCGUUGACCUUCCUAUUGAGAAUCAGUUGGUGUGGCAGAUAGGAAAGGAUAUGUUGAACCUAUUUAUUGAGAAUGAGGGUAAAAUGAUCAUGCAAGAUAAACUGGAGAAGGAACGGAAUGAUGCCAAGAAUGCUGUGGAGGAAUAUGUUUAUGAAAUGAGAGACAAACUCUGUGGCGUGUAUGAGAAAUUUGUUUGUGAAGAGGAUCGUAAUAGUUUCACUCUCAAGUUGGAAGACACAGAAAACUGGCUAUAUGAAGAGGGUGAAGACCAGCCAAAACAGGUUUACAUUGAUAAAUUGACAGAAAUGAAAGCUGUGGGACAGCCUAUUCAGGCACGAUUUCAAGAAUCUGAAGAAAGACCAAAAGCCUUUGAAGAACUUGGAAAACAAAUCCAACUCUAUAUGAAAGCUGUUCUUGCUUUUAAAGCAAAGGAUGAACAGUACGACCACUUAGAUCCUGCAGAAGUGGCCAAGGUGGAGAAGAGUGCAAAUGACGCAAUGGAAUGGAUGAACAACAAACUCAACCUUCAGAACAAGCGAAGCCUGUCUUUGGACCCUGUUAUCACAGCUAAGGAAAUUGAAGCAAAAACAAAAGAACUGAUCAGUAUGUGUAAUCCUAUAAUCAACAAACCUAAACCCAAGGUGGAACUUCCAAAAGAGGAUCAAAAGCCAGCAGAACAGAAUGGUCCAGUAGAAGGCCAGGGGGAUGGCUUCGGAGUGUCUCAGACUACGGAACAGAGUACUGAUUCAACAGCCCAAACAUCUACAGAAAAGAAACUUCCUGAAAUGGACAUUGAUUGAAUCCCAGUUCCUUGUUUAUAUUAGAAACUACAAUAAAGCUUUAAGUUUGUCAACUUUAUUAUGUUCUGAGUAUAAACGGGGAGCCAAGUGAGAGCUGCAGCUUCUCACACUAACUCUUUUUAGAUCAGAUUGGUCAGUAUAAAGCAUCUUGAUUCUUGGGUAGCUUAAUUAUUUGGUCAGAUAGGUUCUUUCUUUUGCCAUGACUUUAAAAGCCCACCAGUAACCACUUAGAUUUGCAAAAACAGUCACAGGUGAUCAUUUUAAAAGCGUGAGUAUAACAGGAAGAUAAUUUUGUUCUAAUCUGCCACUAGGUUUCUGUUGUGAAUUGCAGCAGCUGCAUUUAUAAGUAUUGAUAGACAAGUGCCAGGAGUGUUUGCAGUUCUGGUUUUAUUGCACAACAGUAAUAUAGCAAAAUACAAGUUUGUGAUCUGUCUACAAUUACGGAGGCAAUAAUGGCAUGUUUCCUAGCUGGAAGUAUAAUUCAUUUCACAUUGUGCCAUUGAUAGUUAUGUGAGGUAUAUGGCGCCAUGGAUCAGAUUACAUGUUUGUGCUAAAUACAAAGAAUUGAAAAGGCUGGAGUGUUUUUUCCAGUUCAUGUCCGCACUCCAUUAUUGAUGUCCUGGGCAUUGUAUCAGAUUGUUUAUCUGAUAUGCAAAGUAGCAAAUAUAUACCUAAACCUGCUAUUAGAUAUGCAAAAAUGUAUACUCAUGGUAAAGUCGCCCCAGCUAUAUGAAAUGCUGUAUAAAUUUCUGUCUCUAGUUGAAGUAGUUGCUUAUGCGGGGGGAAAGAGGAUACUGCUUGCUGUCCACACUUCUGGAUAAUUCUGAUUGUUAACCCUGAAGAGGAUAUUUGCUUCCUUCAUUUUGGAAGUGCUUAGCUUUAUCUUCUGGGCAAAACAAGAAGUCUGACAGUUUCUCUCAUGUGCUCCUCUACACUUUGGCUGUUUUGCUUCUAGUAUUGAUAAUUGUCAUAUAAACUUGUAUGUGUUGAAAUAGGAAUGGAUACAUCCAUACACAUUGCAAGAAAUAAAUGCACUGGAUUGUA